AUGCCUUCCUCUGUUCUUCUUCUUGGUGCAACUGGCGGAAUCGGUGCCCUAAUCGCAGGUCAACUUUCCAGUCAUCGGCACCAAUUUGAUCGCGUUGCAUUUUUAACAGCAAUAGCCGACGCUGGCCCAGAAAAGGAGGCCAAGUACAAGGCUGUCCCUUUGCCUCGCAUUGUCGGGGCUCUCGAUGAUCCCGCAUCAUACAAUGGCUUCGAUAUUGUCGUUUCCUCCGUCAACGACUUGGAAGGUGCACAAAUUAGAUACAUCGACGCCGCAUUUGCAGGUGGCAUCAAGCAUUUUUACCCCGCUGAAUUUGGAAUGGAUCUUACGCGCCCUGAAAUCCAAGAAGAAUCAUUCUUUGCACGGAAGCUGAAUAUUCGCAAACAUCUUGAACAUGUUGUCAGUCAAGAUCCAUCCAGGGGCUUUACAUAUAUCCUGGUGGGCAUGUGGAGCAACUGGAUGUUGGACUUCAACAUUUUCGGUCUCUCUGACGACAAAAAGAGCGCCACUUUCGUAGGAGCUCCGGACACGCUGCUGACCACCACCCACGCUGAAGACGUCGCCUCUGUUACUGUUCUUUCGCUCUUACCUUCGCAUUUGAAGUCGUUGUCGGAGCGUCGCCAUAUUCGCCUCGCUGGAUCGACCUUGACAAUUUCACAGUAUUAUUCUGUCUUGUCAAAGGUCCUUGGGCACGAUAUUAACGUUCAAUACGUCUCCAAAGAAGCCUCAUACUCUGAGGCCGAGGACCCCAAAGAAAAAUCCAACCACUUAGCAAUUAUACUCGCAUCUCUGAAGCGCACCCUUGGGUUUGGAGGAUCUGUCUUGGAAGGAGUUGACAACGACUCGUAUCCGGAGAUCACAGUAAAAUCAUGGGAGGAGGUGGUAAAGGCAAGGUUUUCUUGA